AUGGGUGUCGCGGGUCUCGCUUCAGCCGCGCUCGUGGCCGCCCUGGUCGCGCUGUGCUCGGCGGCGCGCUCGGACGCGCCCCGGGGAGUCGCGGUCGGAUUCGUGUUUGACCCGAAGGCGAGGUGCGAGCCGCAGUGCACCCACGGAGGGAUCUGCAUCCGCAACGACACGUGCUACUGCUCCAAGGGCUACGAAGGAGAGAGCUGCCAGUAUGCCCACUGUUAUCCCAAGUGUAAGAAUGGAGGGACGUGCCUUCGCCCUGGGAAAUGCAGAUGUCCUGCGGGAUUUGGAGGAAGAUUUUGUCAAAAAGUGACGUGUGACGGCGGAUGCUGGAACGGGGAAUGCGUCGCCGUCAACGGAGUGGCCAAGUGUAUCUGCUCCUCGAGCUGGACCGGCUCAAAGUGCCAGGAGGCGAUCUGUCCCCAAGGCUGUACGAACGGGGGAACCUGCGUGGCUCCGGGGGUCUGCAGCUGUCCGGAGGGAUGGCUGGGCGGCGCCUGCCACGUCGCCGUGUGCACCAAGUCCUGCUGGAACGGGGGGAAGUGCAUUUCUCCAGACAAAUGCCGAUGUCGCGCCGCGUUCUCCGGCCCUCUGUGCGAGCGGAUAACGAGGUACGACUAAUGCGACCCCGCUGGGGUCAGAGGUCAAUGAGGAGCAAUA